AUGGCAUCAUCAGCCGAUCAGUCAAUUGCUGAAAUCCAGGAGGAACUGGAAUUACAUCGAGUUAUUUUGCAGAGUCUGGACGACUCGCACUGCUCGCGCCCUGAUGCCGCUGAACAAAGACAAGAAACACUGGAUGUGAUUAAAGAACUCGAAACAAAGCUCCUUGAACUACGCAGCAGCAAAUCGCCCAGUCGUUCUUUUCGUCAACGCAUGAGUUCAGCAAGUCCAGUCCCACCGCCAGCCCAGCUUGAUGGCCCGAGUUCUACAAGACCUACGAUUCCCUCGAGCCCACCGCAGUUUGGUCGUCCUGCCUAUUCCUCAUUACCCUCCCGACCUCGAAAUUCGCAAUUAGAUAUGGCCCCAGAAAACCCCUACGCUCGAAAACGUCGAUAUGCCGAUGAUGAUGAAGACGAUAUAGGCCAGGAAUCAUCCAAGCGAGCGGCCAUGUUCAGGACUGCACCUAUUUUCAGUAAUUCCGGCUCGUCAACCUCGCGCGAUCCUAGCAGUCCAAGUGAUAGAUCAACCAGCGAAGAUGAUGGCGACGAUCUCCUAGAGUUGUUGGGACUUGAUUCCCAUGAUAUGCGUGCUCUAAAGGAAGAACAAAGACAAGCAGAGAGAUGGUUGGAAGAUAGGAAGGAGCAAGAACGUCGCGAUGAGGAAUUUGCUCGCAUUUUGUUGGCGCGUGAUGAGCCAUCACCUCCACGACAAGCCACUUCAUCGCCGAUUCGUCCACCGCCCUCUUUCCCUGGACGCUCAUUUCUCCCACCAACUCUACAGUCCGAGCCUCGCGAACGCGCAUUUCAUCAACCAACCUUGCCGACGGGCCAUGAAAAUCUACCGUUACCAGUAGACACAAGGCCAACUAAUUAUGGCCCCGCUCCAUCUUUCGGCGUGAAUAAUAGUUUUAUGGGCCCGCAAUUUGAUUCUCCAAGGAUCCCCUUAGAUAGCGAUGAGGAUAGCGAUCUUGCCGAAAUCACACCGGGAGACUUCCAUCUUCAUACAGGCAUAAGACCGACCCAAAAGCCCUUAAUGAGUAGGGGGAUUUUUGUUGGCCCAGACAGUGGCGCCACCCCCUAUUAUGGUCGCGUACCUGGACCGAGUGGUCCUGGCAAUCCUCGAUCUCUUCCGUGGGCAGAUUCCAUGCAAUCGGCUAUGGCGACACUAAGGUCAACUAGGGAUCAUUACAUGGAAGAUCCGAGCAACUUCAACUUUCUCCCAUCCCACGGGUCUAUCAAGAGUGCGCUUAAUGGGCUUAUGGGCAAUGAUUUCCCUAAUCCUCUUUCAAGGCACGAUUUACAAGAUUUAUACGAUCAUGGAACCGACUCGAAGCAACUCAAUGAGGAAAUCAAGCAGCUACUGGAGACUAUUCGGCCUGAUGCUGAUAUUGCGGAGCAAGACCGCGAAGGAACCCCGGAGGCUCUGAAGUACUCGCUACUAGAUCACCAAAAGCUUGGAUUAGCCUGGAUGAAAUCUAAGGAAGAAUGCGAACAGAAAGGUGGUAUCUUAGCCGACGACAUGGGUCUGGGAAAAACUCUUCAAGCGAUUGCACUUAUGGUGUCUCGUCCGCCAACUGAUUCCGAGCGAAAAACAACGUUGAUAAUUGCGCCUGUUGCUUUGAUGCAACAAUGGAAGCGAGAAAUCCAGAAGAUGCUUCGGCCGGGUCAUCAACUAUCGGUGUACAUUCUGCAUGGUGACAAGCGAGCCGCAAGUUUCAGGGACUUGAAACAAUAUGACGUUGUUCUCACCACGUUUGGCACCUUGUCCUCGGAGUUAAACCGCGUUGAGAAAUACGACGAGCUACUCAGGUCAGGUGCAGAGGAGCCAACGCUGACCAGGCAGUACUUGAAGACUUUACCCUGUCUUGGACCCACCAGCAAAUGGUAUCGAGUAAUAAUCGACGAAGCUCAGUGCAUCAAGAACCGAAACACCAAGGCUGCUCUUUCUUGUUGCCGUCUUAAUGCGACCUAUCGAUGGUGCAUGAGUGGAACUCCCAUGAUGAACAAUGUUGGAGAGUUGCACUCAUUGUUAAAAUUCUUGCGCAACCGCCCUUAUGGGGAUCUAGAGAAAUUUCAAAGAGAUUUUGGCCGGCCAUUGAAAAGCAACAGCCAGAAUUUACAGAACAAGGCCAUGACGCAGCUUCGCGUUCUGCUGAAGGCGGUUCUUUUACGGCGGACAAAGGAUUCGAAAAUAAACGGCAAGCCCAUUCUCAACCUGAAACCUCGGAUUUCAGAAAAACUGCAUGCCGCGUUUAGUGACGACGAACUGGAAUUCUACAGAUCGUUGGAAAACCGAACUCGACUCCAAUUCAACAGAUACCUUCAGUCAGGCACAGUUGGACGAAAUUAUUCAAAUAUUCUAGUUCUUCUCCUUCGCCUCCGACAGGCUUGCUGCCACCCUCACUUGAUAAGCGAUUUUAGCGUCAAGCUCAACGAGACUACUGAGGGGGUAGAUUUUAUCGCGAAUGCAAAGGAGUUCAGUGGCGAAGUCAUUAUUCGUCUGCGGGAUAAUAAUGACCUUGAGUGUCCCAUCUGUAUUGAUGCAGUGGAUAACCCUAUCAUCUUUUUCCCUUGUGGACAUGGAACAUGCUCUGAAUGUUUCUCCAGAAUAUCAGACCCAUCACUCUCCCUGCAGCAGGGCAUUGAUGGAGCAAUGGCAGUGAAAUGUCCAAAUUGCCGUGGUGUUGUCGACCCCAAGAAAAUCACGGAUCAUGCGUCCUUCCUCAAAGUUCAUUUUCCCGAUUCAUCUGGAGACGUCGCCGGCUUGGAUGGCUUGGAGUCCGCGAUCAAACCUAAUGGAGACGAUGAUGAUGGCGACGCAACUGAUGAUAGUGAUGACGACGAACAAGGCACCCUUUCUGGGUUCAUCGUCAAUGAUAGUGACACUGAUUCGACCCCUGCUCGGAGAUCGAAAGGAAAGGGCAAAGGCAAAAUGGCUGAUAAGCCUAAAAAGACACUCGCCGAGCUCAAAAAAGAAGCAGCGAAGAACCAAGCGUCCAAACGCAAGUACUUGCGUCGACUGGAAAAGACCUGGAUCACCAGCGCGAAAAUCGAGAAGACCAUGGAGAUAGUACGCGACGUGCAGAGCCGGGAGGAUAAUGAGAAGACCAUUAUUUUCAGCCAGUUCACAUCUCUUCUGGACUUGCUUGAGGUUCCCAUUGCGCGCGAAGGGCGUCACUAUCGUCGAUACGAUGGGAGCAUGAAGCCAGCUGAUCGUAAUUCAGCCGUGAUGGAGUUUACUGACAACCCUGACUGCAAGGUCAUGUUGGUAUCCUUGAAAGCAGGCAAUUCUGGGUUGAAUCUCGUCGCCGCAAACCACGUGGUGAUUUUUGAUCCAUUCUGGAACCCUUACAUCGAGGAGCAGGCGAUUGAUCGUGCCCAUCGGAUUGGGCAGCUGCGCGAGGUGUUUAUCCAUCGAAUCCUCGUCCCGGAGACUGUUGAAGACCGCAUCAUUGAACUUCAGGAUAAAAAGAGAGCUCUAAUUGAUGGCGCCUUAGACGAGAAGGAAUCGAAGAACAUCGCCAGGCUAAGCACUAGGGAGCUUGCAUACUUAUUUGGAAUCAACAAUUAG